AACCUGCUGCUCAGCUUUACUCUUCUCCACAAAACACACAUUGCAGCAGUUCAGUCAGAGACAGCUGUGUUACCUGCAGCAUGAAGUGUUUGAACAACCGCGCUGAGAGCCACCUGACGGGGCAGGUGGAGUCCGAGCUGGACAUCAUGGCCAACGGGGCCUGGAUCAACCAUGGCUACUGUGGAUCCCCUCAGCCUCUGCCCCCUGUCAUCAACACCAUCUAUGGUCCACAGCCCCCCUUCCCGGGCUUCAUGGACAGUGCAUACAAGCUGGAUCCCCCGGGCCAGAUCCAGGAGGAGCCAUGCACCGCUGAACGGACUAAGAUGAAGAAAAGAAGAGGCUGUUGCUCUGUAAAAGGGUUGUGGAGCACAGCAUGGACGGAAAACACCUCUAACAACAGGGAGAAAUUUAUCCGCACCACUCUGCGGGAGUUAGUGGUCUACCUGGUGUUCCUGGUGGAUGUUUGUCUCUUGACAUACGGUAUGACCAGCUCCAGCACCUAUUAUUUCACUAAAGCCAUGACGGACUUGUUUGUGAGCUCGGCCAGUGAAAGUGGAGUCACGUUUCAGUCCAUUGGAACCAUGGAGGACUUCUGGGAUUAUGCCCAGGGUCCUUUAUUAGACGGCCUGUACUGGACCAAAUGGUACAAUAACCAGUCCCUCAACAGCGGAAACCGGUCGUUCAUCUACUACGAGAACCUGCUGCUCGGUGUUCCCCGGAUGAGGCAGAUCAAGAUCAAGAACAACUCCUGUAAGGUCCAUGAAGACUUUAGAAACGAGAUCAUCGGAUGCUUUGAUGUCUACAACGAUAAGAAAGAGGACGACCUCAGCUUUGGUCUUAUCAAUGGAUCAGCGUGGAGCUACCACACAGAGAAAGACAUCGACGGUUCCUCCUACUGGGGCCUCCUGACUACCUACAGUGGAGCAGGAUACUACCAGGACCUGAGCCGGACCAAGGAGGGGAGCGCCGACAUCCUGGCAGAACUGAUGGACAACCUUUGGCUGGAUCGAGGAACCAGAGCAGUUUUCAUCGACUUCUCAGCCUACAAUGCAAACAUCAACUUGUUCUGUGUCGUCAGGUUGGUGGUAGAGUUUCCAGCGAGCGGUGGAACCGUCCCUUCUUACCAGAUCAGAACCGUCAAACUGAUCCGCUACAUCUCCACCUGGGAUUACUUUGUCCUCGGCUGUGAGUUAUUCUUCUGUGUUUUCAUCCUCUACUACAUCGUGGAGGAGAUCCUAGAGCUCCGGAUACACAAGUUUGCUUAUUUCAAUAGCAUCUGGAACAUCCUGGAUAUAGUCAUCAUAUUGCUCGCCAUCGUUGCGAUUGUCUUCAAUGUUUUCCGAACUGUGAAAGUGGACAAUCUGCUGGGUUCGCUGUUAGAACAGCCUGACAUAUACGCUGAUUUUGAAUUCCUGGCCUUCUGGCAAACCCAGUAUAACAACAUGAAUGCAGUGAACUUGUUCUUCGCCUGGAUCAAGAUUUUCAAAUACAUCAGUUUCAAUAAGACCAUGACUCAGCUGUCCACUACGCUGGGUCGAUGCGCCAAAGACAUCUUGGGAUUCGCCAUCAUGUUCUUCAUCGUCUUCUUUGCCUAUGCUCAGCUUGGGUAUCUGCUGUUUGGAACAGAAGUCGAGUCUUUCAGCUCAUUUGUGAAGUGCAUAUUCACACAAUUCCGAAUCAUCCUUGGAGACUUUGAUUACGACGCCAUUGACCGUGCAAACAGAGUCCUCGGGCCCAUUUACUUUGUCACCUAUGUGUUCUUCGUUUUCUUUGUCCUACUGAACAUGUUUCUUGCCAUCAUAAAUGACACGUACUCAGUGGUCAAAGAGGAACUGGUAUCUCAAAAAGAUGAUCUGCAGAUUACAGAUCUCAUCAAACAGAGCUAUAUGAAGACUUUCAUGAGACUCAAACUCAAAAAAGAGAAAAUAUCAGACGUUCAGAAAGCUCUGCAGUCCGGAUCUGGAGAAAUUGAAUUCAAUGACUUCAGGGAGACUCUAAAGGAAAUGGGUCAUGGAGAUAAUGAAAUAUCUGCAGCCUUUACAAAGUUUGACCGGGACGGCAACCGAGUUCUAGAUGCAGAUGAACAAACCAGGAUGAAGAUGGAGCUGGAAGAAAAAAGGGAUGCGCUUAACGCCGAGCUGAACAACCUUGGAAAGAAUUAUGGGAAGGAGUUUAUGGAGCCUCCUGCCUCGUCAGGAGAUCAAAGGAGUCGGACAUUUGUGGACCAGGAACAUUUUCUCAGGCUGACCAGCCAGGUCCUCCAGAUUGAGACAUCUGUGGCAGGUCUUACAUCCAGAAUGGAUCAGAUCAUGGUCAAACUGGGAUUAGAGGAAAAAACUGACACCAAAAAACUGAUGGAAUGACAUUUUUCUCAGACGGUUGAGCAACAAAUGCUGAAAGUUCAUCCAGAAAAGCUGCAAGUUCCACCACUUAAUCAGCUAUCAGCUGAGGCGCCGUCUGCUCAGAGGAAAUAUUCAUUCCUGAAAACAUUUUAGCAUCAGCAAGAUGUCAUGGAAACAUGUAAAAUCUAUUUUUCAUUAUUUUUAUUGUAUCAUAGUAGAUCUAAUACAUCCAACGGGUCAAUAUCUAAAAGUUUUCACACCUUAUGACAGAGCACAGUAUUGCUGCGAUGUAUAAACUAAAUGCACCCUAUGAUUCAACAGGUACCCGGGCAUGACAAGCCCACAUCAUCAGCCCUCCUCUACCAUGCUUAUUAGUUAAUGUGAGGUCUUUGUGAUGCUGUAUUGUUUUUCUCCUGACUUUGCUUUCUCUAAAAAGACUUUCCUAA